AUGUCAACUGUUCCUAGUCUUAGCUUUUCGACCAGCAACAAACGUAAACCGAUCUUAAUAUGUGAUGGAUUCAUUUUUCAAUUAAACCGUACACGGUCAAAGUUGAAGUACUGGCGAUGCAAAGAUCGAACUUGUUCAGCUUAUAUUCAUACAAAUCACAACAAUCAAUAUGUUGGAAAAUCCGGUGAUCAUAAUUUUCAUUUACCAGUGCCUGAACAAGUCGAAGUUGCAAUGUUUAAAGAGAAGGUGAAAGAACGAGUUGUGAAAGAAACAACGGCGAUUGGAAACAUUUACGACAAGGAAAUGGCUUCUCUUAAUCUGAGUGAUGGUGCUCUAGGUUUAAUUCCUUUGGCUGACGACGCAAAAGCAUCGCUUAAUCGUUUACGACGACAAACAACACCACCAUUGCCAACAUCAUCUUGUUUCGAUGUUCCCGAUGCCUAUUCAACGACAAUCAGUGGUGCACAUUUUUUAUUCAGUGACAAAGUUGUGCGAAAGAAGCGGGUGUUGUUGUUUGCAACAGAUGAGCAAUUGCGUAUGCUUUUUUCAGCAAAAACCAUUAUGAUCGAUGGAACAUUUUCGGCAUGUGUACCACACUUCAAUCAAGUGUUUUCGUUGCAUUGCAUCAAGUAUGGAUACAAUUUUCCAUGUGUUAUCGGAACUGGCGAAGCAAAGGUUCUGCAAGAAUGUGAACUUAUUGUAUGGGACGAGUGCACAAUGGCUCAUAGGUAUGCAUUAGAAGCUUUGAACCAUACUUUACAAGAUCUUCGUAACAAUGGAAAGAAUAUGGGUGGAGUAGUUGUACUUAUUGCUGGCGAUUUUAGGCAAACAUUACCAGUUAUUCCAAAGGGUACCAUGGCUGAUGAGCUAAAAGCUUGCUUGAAAUCUUCGUAUCUUUGGAGACAUGUUGUACCAUUAAAACUCAGUACUAACAUGAGAGUGCACUUACGAGAUGACGUAUCUGCCGGCCGUUUCGCUGAACAACUUCUCGCAAUUGGAAAUGGCAAAAUACCUGCUGACCCAGUCAGUGGACUUAUUAAUAUUUCAGACAACUUUUGCAAUAUCGUUGAAUCAGUCGAAGAACUCAAGAAUAAAGUGUUUCCAAACAUUCAAACUCAGUACAAGGAUCACAAAUGGUUAUGUGAACGUGCUAUUCUGGCUCCGAAAAACGUCAAUGUAAAUGCUAUCAAUCUACAAAUACAGCAACAACUUCCUGGUGAAGCUAUAUCUUACAAAUCAAUUGAUACAGUUAAAGAUAUCGACAUGGUAGUUCAGUAUCCAACUGAGUUUCUCAAUUCACUCGAACCUUCUGGAAUGCCACCACAUAACUUGCGUCUGAAAAUUGGAUCAUCUAUUAUGCUCCUAAGAAAUCUGGAUGCACCAAGAUUAUGUAAUGGUACAAGGCUAUGUGUCAAAACUCUAAUGCCUCAUGUAAUCGAAGCAACGAUCAUGACAGGUUGUGCAAAAGGUGAAGAUGUAUUCAUACCAAAAAUACCUUUGCUCCCUUCUGAUAUACCAUUCGAAUUUACACGACUUCAGUUUCCAGUACGGCUUGCCUUCGCAAUGUCUAUUAAUAAGGCUCAAGGGCAAUCACUUAAAGUUGCUGGUGUCAAUUUAGAAACUCCUUGCUUUUCUCAUGGUCAACUUUAUGUGGCAUGCUCGAGAGUAGGAACUGGAGAGAAUUUAUAUGUUUUUGCUCCAGAUGGAAAAACGAAGAACAUCGUGUACAAAACAGCUUUACAAUGA